AUGCGGUCACCUCGAGCUCCUACACGCACCGACAUAUUUCGUUGUUGUUUGCGGCCAAAAAAACCGCAGUCAGAGGAAAGGGGUUCUCCAAUCAUGCAGAAGGUGGAGGGACGGGUCACUCCAGUCCUGCCCUCCUCCAGGGGCACCAGCACCCCUGGGUCACCAGCCACUGGCAUUAUGGCACGUGUGGACGAUCAGGUAGUGGGCUACAGGGACUUGGCGGCGCUGCCCAGAGACAAAGCCAUUCUCCAGGUGGAGAGGCCCGACAUGAUGACGUAUCAGCCUCACCUCAGCUUCUCUCCCCUGGACGCCCCGCGCAGAGAGCGAUCCCAGUCCCCUCCGUCCACGUCUCCUACAAGAGUCAUUGAGGUGAAAUUAGAAAAAGAAGAAAGCGACAGUGGCUCCCCUGGAGGAUCAUCACUGCAACUGCACGCUGAGCGCAAGAUCAGCUUCCAACAUUUUCACAGACCAGAUAAUGGAACAAAUAUUUACAGAAAGCCUCCCAUCUAUAAACAAGAUAUGAGUAAACAUGUGGAGGGCAGUGGAGUCGUUCAGUCGGCCAAGUUCCCUGCAGCGCAGCGGCCGGACCCCAACCAGCCCUCCAAGAUCGAGACCGAGUACUGGCCCUGUCCGCCUUCACUGGCUGCCAUGGAGAUUGAGUGGAAAAAGAAAAAACUGCUGGAGGAAGAUGAGUCAGAGGACACCGAUGAGAUCAAGACUGUACAAGAGCAGGAGUUGGAAAAGAUCCAGUCCAAUCUCGGCCGUCUCAUUUUAAAAGAAGAGAAGGAGAAAGCCAUUCAGUUUCGGAGGAAGACCCAGUCACUGCCCGACAGAACCCACAUGCACAGCAGUCUGUCCACGACCACUCCACAGUCUCCCUCCAGGAUAGGAACCGGUCUGACCAGAAUGCAGUCUGCAGAGUUUUCCAACGGAGAUAAAGGACAACCAGCGGCUCAGAAUGGAGAUCGUAAGGAGCGGAUGGACAGAGGAACUUCACUGCCAAGUAUCUUAGAGCAGAAGAUAUAUCCCUAUGAAGCACUGAUUGUCACCCAUAGAGGGCGCAGUAAGCUUCCUCCUGGAGUCGACCGUAUGCGUCUCGAGCGACACCUGGCUCCAGAGCAGUUCGAGCAGGUCUUCGGGAUGCCCAUGGUGGAGUUUGACCGGCUGUCGCUAUGGAAACGCAAUGAACUGAAGAAGAAAGUUUCACUGUUCUGA